AUGGAGAGUAUCCACAGAAGGAAUCACUCUGCACCAAGGUUACUCCCUGAGGAUGGGUUUCAGAUAUCAUUGAAAAGAGUGUGGCUGCAGAUAACUCCAUGGAAGACAUGUUCACUGGAUUGCCCUGGGACACAGUGGUUCCUCAGUCAGCAGGCUGAAAUUGGUGAAGAUAGAUCUCAGGCUGUGACUGACAAGCAGGAAGACCUCAUUGCCAGAGUGUCAGCAGAAUAUAAAAACCAUUUCUCAGAGGCACUUGCUGAUGGACUCACUACAAGCUCCAUCUCCUCUAUUCUGACAGUGUGUGAGGAGAUAAAAUGCCUUCAAAAUAGCCCAAGUGAUCUUCAAGAGAAUGACAAGAAUGACCACUACAAAGAUUUACCACCAUCUCCAGAGAAGCUAAUUGCUGGGAUCUUGGGAAUCAUCUGCCUUGUCUUAAUGUACACUGUAGUACAAAUGAUACUCUUUAGUCACUCUACUGUAAUCUUGGAGCAGAAUAAUUCAUCCCUGAUAACAAGGAGCCAAAAAGCACAUCAUUGUCGUCGUUGUCCAGAGGAGUGGUUAACCUAUUCCAACAAUUGCUAUUACAUUAGUAUUGAAAGAAAAGCAUGGAAUGAGAGUCUGAUGGCCUGUACUUCUAAGAACUCUAAUCUGCUUUAUAUAGAUAAUGAAGAAGAAAUGAAUUUUUUGAACUCCUUGAGUGUUUUUUCAUGGAUUGGACUCUCCCAAAGAACCAAUAAUAAUUCAUGGGUGUGGUCAAAUGGCUCAACUUUCUCUUCCAAACUGUUCCCAAUAUCUUUAGAUAGGGACAAUAACUGUACAUAUUUGAAUUAUCAGAAAAACACGCUUUCUUCUGCAUCAUGUUUGGAAAUAAGAAUGUAUGUUUGUAAGCACCAGGCAGUUUAGCUUACCUAAAUUUGAUAUACUGCUCUUUCACCAUCAAUAAGGAGCAUAUUUGUAGUUUCUUCAAAAGCCAUACAAUUAUUUUCUUAGAAUUAUUUAAGAUACUAUAUUUUAGAGCAGGUUUGGGUUCAUAACAAAAUU